UGCAUCUUUUCCAUCGUUUCCGAAUCCGACCGACACUUGAAACGAGUCGAAGGUCGUCGAUCUAUCGCACGAACACGGCUAGCGAGCUGCAGAAACGCUCAAAAACUGACGGAAAGCAUCAGAAGGUGACAUUUUGGCUGCUGUGGAAAUCGGAAAAGUUCGAAUUCGGGCACGUUAACCUGAGCCGAGGUCUAGAAUUUUCUUCUGGGUUGAAUAGCCGCGAAUUUGGAAAGGCAGUCGUUUGUAGAAGAGAGGGCAUCAUUUCAUCUGCUUUGAGAAAAUAGCUCUUGCUCACAAUGGCUACAUCAAGACGUCCCGCUUCUAAUAACAGUAAUCUACGGUGGACAUCUCCGAACUACUCAAGCACACCAAAAAUCAAGAGUCCACAAAGCCCGCAAGUGCCUGUGGAAGUUCUUACUGGAUUCCCAGCCCGAGAUUUGAAUGCGUGUCCUUCUUUCCGGAGCUUGAAAGACCUGUGCACUAAAAACAACCUUCCCGAGCCUGUUGCCAAGAUCGUCUCCAUUGGAAAUGAGAAAUCGUUUACAUGCAAGAUGAAUGUUGGAGAAGUCGUUGGUCAGGAUCCGUACUUCCGUGCAGACCGUCGAGAACUAGCUUUGGACCACGCCAGCAAAUUGUUGCUUGCGAAACUUCAGGACACUUUGAAGCAAAGGAAAGGCGCCAUGCAAAAGCAUGAAUUUAAAAGUGCCACUCAACUUGAGCAAGUUCUGGAGAGAAUUGCUAAAAUUCUGACUUUGAGCAAAAAUGGAUUGUGGGACAAAAAAGUGGAGGAAAUCUACUCCACCACAUAUACAGAUAAGCUGCCUGAAAAUUGGUUUGAAAUAGCCAGAGGUUGUGAUCUCUUUGAAGUGCCAAAUCCCAACAUCCGCAUAAUUGAGUUGUGCCAGGGAAACCAUGACAGGCCUAUGCCUGAAUUUCCUAGCAGCAACAUUUGGGAGGUCAUUGUGACUGCUGUUGAAGACAUUGACAAAAUCUGGAUCAACAUUUUGGGCACUGAAUAUUCAGAUGCCUUGUUUUUAAUGAGCUCUGAUAUCUCGACUGCGGUUGCAGCUGGAAAAGUGAAGUUUGGAAUGACCUUUGUUCACAAGGAUUCCAUUUGCUUGGUCAGAAAUGGCAUCAAUUUUGCCAGAUUGAAAAUUGUCGAAUUUGACGGACGAGACAACGUCCUUGGAUUUUUGAUUGAUUCAGGAGAGACUUUGACCACCAAGUUAGCUGACUUGGCUCAUGUUCCUUGCAAAUACAUGAAAAUUCCACCUCAGGCUGUUACGAUGCGCCUGUAUGGACUGCACCAGUUUGCCACCGGAGAUCUGCGUUUUAAGAAUUUGGCUUUAAACCUCCUGCUGAACAAACCAUUUUCCGCCAUUCGCAUGGGAGUGCAAGAGCUCACCUUACACGAGUAUGGCCAAAUUGACCAACAGCCCAUCAACAACCUGAUUGCUGAAGUCAUUCUCAGUGAUUAUCUGGAGCCGCAGCUUCCAAAUGUUACUGCGGAACUGACUGUAGUCAUUUCUCAUGUCACUGACAACAUGGAGCUGUUUGUGCAAACUCAACCCAAUGUGGUUGCGUGGCUGAAAGAGCAACUCCCAAUUGAGUGUGCACAAGUCCUUCAAGAGGAGAGCCCGAAUCUAGUGGUUGGACAAAUGUACCUGGUCACCAUGAUAGACGAUAGCAAGUCUGGAGAGUUUCACAGGGCGUCUGUUUUGAGGACAUAUCAGGGCAAAAUGUGUACAAUGGCUGACAUACUGUUGAUCGACUACGGCAAAACCCUCUUGGCCGUCCCUGAAUUUAACAUCAAAAAGUUCCCAGCGGCCUCAGCAAUGGACUUCAAAAAUAUUCCGCCACAGGCUACAAUUUGCCUUCUUUACAAUGGAGGUGGUUGUUCGUCUGCUGACGAGCUGAGGAGCAAACUUCCUGCCAAUGGAGUUGUGAACCUGCGCAUCAUCACACCAGGUAACCAACGCAAGCCGCCACUAGUGGAGAUCUAUGAUAUGCCUUACUGAGCUGACCUCAAGGCAAUCUUAUUGUCGUUACUAAAAUGUUGAAACUCUAAAAGCUUUGGAAAAGUGAAAUUUAAAUUCAAUUAGAUGA